AUGUCUACUCCGGCAGAGACACAGCAGGAACCCGCCGCGCCUGGCCGUCUCUUGUUGCUCUCAAACCGUCUGCCCAUCACCAUUAAGCGCUCCGAAGAUGGCAGCUACUCAUUCUCCAUGUCCUCUGGAGGUCUCGUCACUGGACUGAGUGGCCUGGGAAAGACCACCAGCUUUCAGUGGUAUGGAUGGCCGGGCCUCGAGGUCCCUGACAACGAGGUCGAGGGCAUGAAGAAGCGCCUCAAGUCAGAAUACGGCGCGCAUCCUGUCUUUAUUGACGAUGAGCUCGCUGACCGCCACUACAACGGAUUUGCUAACUCCAUCCUCUGGCCGUUGUUCCACUACCACCCCGGCGAAAUCACCUUUGACGAAUCCGCAUGGGUCGCUUACCAGGAAGUCAACCGUCUCUUUGCCCAGACUGUCAUCAAGGACGUUCAAGACGGCGAUCUUAUUUGGGUCCACGACUACCACCUGAUGCUUCUCCCCCAGAUGCUGCGCGAGGAAAUUGGCAACUCCAAGAAGAACGUCAAGAUCGGGUUCUUCCUCCACACACCCUUCCCCAGCAGCGAAAUCUACCGCAUCCUGCCCGUCCGCGAGCCCCUUCUCACGGGCCUUCUCGACUGCGAUUUAAUUGGUUUCCACACAUAUGACUACGCGCGCCACUUCCUCAGCAGCUGCUCGCGCAUUCUCGGCACCCCCACCACACCCAACGGUGUCGACUGGAACGGGCGCUUCGUCACCGUCGGGGCAUUUCCCAUCGGCAUUGAUCCCGAAAAGUUUGUCGAGGGGCUGCAGCAACCCAAGGUCCAGGAGCGUAUCGCAGCCUUGAAGCGCAAAUUUGAAGGAGUGAAGCUCAUUGUCGGCGUCGACCGUCUCGACUACAUCAAGGGUGUGCCGCAAAAACUCCACGCACUCGAGGUUUUCCUUACAGAACAUCCCGAAUGGAUUGGAAAGAUCGUUCUCGUGCAAGUUGCCGUGCCCUCGCGCCAGGAUGUCGAAGAGUACCAGAACCUCCGCGCCGUCGUCAACGAGCUUGUCGGGCGCAUCAACGGCAAGUUUGGUACCAUUGAGUUUAUGCCCAUCCACUUCCUGCACCAGUCCGUCUCGUUCGAGGAACUGACGGCGCUCUACGCCGUGUCGGACGUGUGUCUGGUGUCGUCGACGCGCGACGGCAUGAACCUCGUUUCGUACGAGUACAUUGCGACGCAGCGCGAGAAGCACGGCGUCAUGAUUCUCAGUGAGUUCACCGGCGCCGCGCAGUCGCUGAACGGGAGCCUCAUCGUCAACCCCUGGAACACGGAAGAGCUGGCCAACGCCAUCCACGACGCCGUGACCAUGAGCCCCGAGCAGCGCGCCACCAACUACAGCAAGCUCGAGCGCUACGUCUUCAAGUACACUAGCGCCUGGUGGGGUGCUACGUUUGUGGCCGAGAUGACGCGCCUCAGCAACGAGGAGACGCAGGCCAAGACGCUUCGCAAUGUCUCGGGUGCUGUGGUGGGCCAGAAGGUGCUGACGGACGAGUCCGAGACCAAAGAACCAGAAGUGGCGCAAGCGGACUGA